CGAGAUAAAGGGGUGAAAUACGGGGCCAUACAGACACUGAUGAGGGUGGAUAUGGCCUCAAAGUUCUUCACUUUUCCUCAUUUUAGAUCUUAAAGAGAUUAUUUUGCAACACUUGUCAUCACAGUCUUCUUCGAUCGAAUGUUUUCUUAUCUUAGUUUGAUUGUGGGUUUCCAAAUUCCAACAUCUCCGCCAUCUUUUCUUAACCUUAUUUGAUUCUAGUUAAUUUCGUAAGCGUUUCUGCUUCUGGGUUCUUCAUCUUCUUCAUCCCCAGAGCUUGAAUUGUACUGGAGUUAAUUGAUGAACCGUUCGAUGCUUUAAACUUGAAUAAAAAAAACUACACCUGUAAUUUUAUCAGAUAAAUUAUAACUUGUGAGUUGCUCGUAUUUGUAGAAAAAGGAAAAUGCAAUCGGAUCUUGGUAAGCUAUUCAUUGGCGGAAUUUCUUGGGAUACUGAUGAAGAACGUCUAAAGGAGUAUUUUAGUGGAUAUGGAGAGGUAUUGGAGGCAGUAAUUAUGAGGGAUCGAAACACAGGAAGGGCUCGUGGAUUUGGUUUUAUUGUCUUUGCUGAUUCCUCUGUUGCAGAAAGAGUCAUCUUGGAGAAGCACACCAUUGAUGGUAGAAUGGUGGAAGCAAAAAAAGCUGUUCCAAGAGAUGAUCAGAGCACAAUGAGUAGAAGCAGUAGCAGCAUUCAAGGUUCUCCUGGUAUAUUCCGUACGAGGAAGAUAUUUGUUGGCGGUUUAGCAUCCACAAUCACAGAAAAUGAGUUUAAGAAGUAUUUUGAGCAAUAUGGAACCAUAACCGAUGCUGUGGUGAUGUAUGAUCACAAUACACAGCGUCCAAGAGGAUUUGGUUUCAUUACUUACGAUUCUGAGGAAGCAGUUGAAAAAGUGUUGAUGCAAACUUUUCAUGAGCUGAAUGGUAAGAUGGUUGAAGUCAAGAGGGCGGUCCCUAAGGAGUUAUCACCAAGUCCUAUCCGCAGCCCGAUUAGUAGUGGUGGUGGAUAUAAUAACCAUGGUUUCAGUGUGAUCAACAAAUUUCUUAAUGACUAUAAUGCAAUUGGUGGUUAUGAUGUAAGAAUGGAUGGUAGAUUCAAUCCAAUUGCUCCUAGUCGAAGUGGGUUUGCACCGUUUGGCUCAAGUUAUGGGAUGGGUUUGAAUUUUGAACAGGAGUUAAACUUGAACCAAUCUUUUGGAGGAAAUGCUAGCUUCAACAAUGAUAAUAAUAAUAUUAAUAGUCUUAGCUAUGGUAGAGAAAUGAAGCCUUUUUAUGUUGGAAACUCAAAUCGGAUUAUUGCUAAUCCUAUUGGCUAUGAUGGAGGAAAUGGUGGAAACUCUUCCUUUUUUGGCUCAUCAUCCAGGAAUUUGUGGGGAAAUGGUGUAGGGUCAAACUCCAUUGGUUACUUCUCCAAUAGUGGAGUUAAUUGGACUUCUUCUUCUCCAAUUGUGCCAAACCGAGGUGUUGAAAAUCUGGGUUAUGGUUCCUCAGCUGCUGGACCUGUCUCAUUGUCAUCUUAUGCUGCAUCGAGUACAGAUUAUGAUAUUGGUGCAUUUUCAGACUUAUACAGCAGUAGGAUGACAGGUUAUGAUGAUUCUAAAUGGUGUUCAACAAUCAAUGAAAGGGAUGGAUCAGGUUCGUUUGAUUACAUGUUGGGAAAUGGAGGAUCUGAUAUUGUUCGAACUAAAACUCCUCCAGGCUAUGUUGUUGGUGGUUAUGAAGUUAUCAAGAGACAAACAAAUAGAGGAAUACCGGGCUAGGGGGAGGAGAAGGAGACAUGUUUACUCGUGAAUAUUGAGGUAGGACACUUCCUUGUGGACUUAUUUUGAUAAACACGAAUUGAGAGAAAUAUUCAUAAUGUAGGGUUGGUUGGUUGGCUAACUCAGCAUGUUUUGGAAAAAUUAUGAGGUAUUAGAUAGAGGCUUUAUGGGAAAGAUUAUAUUGAUUAUGUCUCUUAUAAGGAUUGAACUUUUUUGGGAUUACCUUUAUCUUUAUUGCGGUUUCUUGAUUGCGGUUUCUUGAUUGUAAGUUCAGAUUGUGUUAUUAUUAUGGUUUAAGUAAAUGAAAACUUUUAUUUCGGGUUA